AUGUUGGUGGCGAUAAAUGUUUUAGCUCAACCUCUACAUAAGGAGAUAAAUGAUCUUGAAAUCAAGGUGAUUUCUGGAAAGUUAUCUUCUCUAACCCUUAAACCGACCAUCAUCGAACACAUGAAAGAUAGCCAGGAACUUGACUCUACCCUGGUUAGGUUAAGAAAAGAAGUCCUGGAAGGUAAAGAAACAAGAUUUAGUCUCUUAGAGGACGUCAUACUUUACCAUAAAGGUAAGAUAUACGUCCCGGAUAAUGAGGAAAUAAGGAAGCAGAUCCUUUCAGAAGCAUAUGAAACUUCUUACUCUGUUCAUCUGGGAACAACCAAGAUGUAUAAGAACCUUAAAAAGGGUUUUUGGUGGCCAGGAAUGAAAAAAUACAUGGCUGAAUUCAUGUCAAAGUGUCUGAAUUGUUUGAAAGUUAAAGCAGAACAUCAGUGUCCAGCAGGAGAACUGCAGAAGAUCGACAUGUCAGAAUGGAAAUGGGAUCAGAUCACGAUGGAUUUUAUAGUGGGAUUGUCUAGAACAUCUGACGAUAAUGAUGCAAUUUGGACUGAUGGUCAAUCUAAGAGACCCAUCCAGACUUUAGAAGACAUGCUGAGAGUAUGCUUUAUGGAUUUCAAGGGAAGCUGA